GUUAAUCCUAUGGUGACGUCAAAUGUGUGCGACACUGCCGUCACACUGGCGCGCGUUGAAGCAUCACCUUGCGGUGGUUUUUAAAGUAACGAGACAAAUUAAAUAGAUCACAUAUGUCGGUAUAUCACGACGAGGUUGAAAUUGAAGAUUUUGAAUAUGACGAAGAAACAGAAACGUAUUAUUUUCCCUGCCCUUGUGGGGACAGAUUCGCCAUAACGAAGGAGGAUUUAGAAAAUGGUGAAGAAGUUGCCACCUGUCCAAGCUGCUCAUUAAUAGUGAAAGUAAUUUAUGAUAAGGAUCAGUUUAUGUGUGGAGAAGUAAUUGAAGCAACAAAAUCAGAAAGAAAAGUGGAGCUGGCCCAGAGCUGAGAUAUUAAUCUGACUUUCACCUAAUGCUGACCUCUGAAACACAAUAGAAUGGAUCUGAUACACAGGCGUCUCAUUUCAUACCGUUACUCACUGUGUUUUGCAAAUAUUUUUGUAAGAAACACUGCCUAGACCUAAUGGACUUGACACUUUUAGCGCAAAUAUGUUGCACAUGAAUUACUAUUCUGUUAGUUAUUUAUUUUAUAAAGGCCUUUUUUAAAA